AUGACAACAACGUCUACUACUUCAGAGCAACAAACAAUUAUCGACCACACGAUCAGCAUCAUGUCUGAAUAUGACAAAAAAAUGUUACGCGAUCCUCCAUAUAAAUUAUCACUGUCUAUGGAUAAGCUUCUUGCACCCGCCAAAAGAACACGUAAAAAUAAAAAAGUCUUGAAUAAUCCUCGACCGCAAAAUAAAUGGAUCAUCUUCCGUAAAGACUACGUGGCAAAAUUGCGCCUACUUAAUCCAAAUGCCACUUACCAAAUCCAAGAUAUAUCUAAAGAAUGCGGUGUUGAAUGGAAAUCGCAGCCUAGUGAAGUCAAAGAAUACUUUGAUCUGAUACAAAGAAUCGCUUUUGAAAUACAUAAAAUCAUGUAUCCAAAUUAUAAAUAUAGUCCAAAGAAAAAAGAUGUAUUUUGUGAAGAUAACUAUGACGAAGAUUAUUACGAAGAUGAUAACGACGAAAAUAAUAGCAAUUGUGUAGUCUUGGAUCCUUCUUCUAUUAAUGUUUCUAAUUCGGCCACAAUGAACUCGGCCGAGUCUGGUCCUGUUUUUGAUUUCGGUUUAUCGCAAUAUACUCCGAUUGACGCAUCGCCCGCUAGACAAUUGGAUUUUCAUUUAAAUACUCAACAUUCAAUAACUAUAUCAGUAGCAUCUUUAUCUUCAUUUUCAUCUUCAAAUGAAUUGUAUUCCGACUACAAUAAUGAUGAUCUUCAAAACCUUACUUUCAACUUCGAUACUUAUCUUAAUUACGAUCCUACAGUUUCGGCUGGAGAUUUGUCAGAAUAUAUCGUCGACGAUUCGCAAUUUGACGGACUUGCUUAG